UCCCCGGUGUUCUGACAGACAGCUGUGAUACGGAAGACAUUUUGAGCCGCUGCGGUGUCUCCUGUCGUCGGUGUCAGCAGCUGAAGUCCGGGCUGACGCCGCGGAGAGUCCACCGUGUCUUCACCGAAACCGAAACCGGAGAGAAAACACGAGGAUUAAGAGGGAAAACACACAGAACGUCGCACUUUAAACCGCAGCUCCCUCUGUGUGUGUGUGUGUGUGUACACAGGCAAGCUAGUUAGCUCCGCGCUACAACAGCUAACAGGCUCCUAGAUGCUAGUUAGUUAGCGUCACCUAGUUAUCUCACCCUCCUCCUCCUCCUCCUCUUUGACAGACAGCUGCUCCUUCAUCAUCACACAAUGGCGUAUAAAAGAAUUUCAAAGGAGCUCACCGAUCUGUCCAGAGAUCCUCCCACUCAGUGCUCAGCUGGACCCGUGGGCGACGACAUGUUUCACUGGCAGGCGACGAUCAUGGGGCCUACUGACAGUCCGUACCAGGGCGGAGUUUUUUUCCUCACUAUUCAUUUUCCUACAGAUUAUCCCUUCAAACCUCCCAAGGUUUCCUUCACGACCAGAAUUUAUCAUCCAAACAUCAACAGUAACGGCAGCAUCUGUCUGGACAUCCUGAGAUCUCAGUGGUCUCCAGCGUUAACCAUCUCUAAAGUCCUUUUGUCCAUUUGUUCUCUGUUAUGUGACCCGAACCCUGAUGACCCGCUAGUACCUGAGAUCGCCCGCAUCUACAAAACAGACCCGGUCAGGUACAACAAGACGGCUCAGGAAUCGACUCGUAAAUACGCCAUGUGACCCCGCCCCCUUCAUUCACUGCUGGAAUAUAAACUGUUG